AUGGAUCGCCAGGACUUCGUGUCAGCGAGCGAGCAUUUUCUCUCUUGGUUCAAGGCCAUCCCGGGGUCGACUUUUCACAAUGAUCUCAGCAUGGCUGAUCUCAGGAGUCGUAAUGCAGGUCGAGGAUUGGCUGUCAUUACGGCUUCAACAUCUUCUCUGGCGGAGAAACUACCACAUAUUCUGACCAAGGAUGGUGCCGUUUUACCUGAUGGCUCCAGCGACGGACCUAACUCCUCAGAUCCGGAUCCAUGGAUCGGCUUAAUCUUGGUUCUCAUCUACGAAUACCUACAGGGAGAGCACUCACCCUGGAAGCCCUACUUUGAUGUCUUUCCGGAGGAGUUUGAUACUCCCAUGUUUUGGACAGAAGAGGAACUAGAUCAGUUACAGUCCAGCUCAUUACGAUCUAAGAUCGGCAAAGAGAAGGCCGACUCUAUGUUUAUCACGAAAGUCAUCCCGUGCGUCAACACCCACACUAGUGUCUUUUAUCCCGAGGGUCGUACCACGUUAAAUGAAGCGGAGCUACUGGCUCUCUCGCAUCGGAUGGCCAGUAUCAUCAUGGCUUAUGCCUUCGACCUUGACAAAGAUGAUGAUGAGGGACUGCCAGAGGGAGACUCCGACGAUGAAUGGGUCGAGGAUAAGGAGACGUCUAUGCUCGGAAUGGUCCCCAUGGCAGAUAUUCUCAACUCUGACGCUGAAUUCAACGCACAUGUUGACCACGACGAUAACGUUGUGACGGUAACUUCGUUACGGACCAUCAGAGAAGGAGAAGAGAUCCUCAACUACUAUGGACCUCUGGCGAACUCAGAUCUUCUCCGGCGUUAUGGCUAUGUCAGCAAUCUCCAUCGCCGAUAUGAUGUUGUGGAGAUCCCCCGCUCCAUGGUUGCUGCUCAUGUCCAGAUGGCGCUUGGGGUAUCUGAGGCCUUCAAGGAGAAAGCGAUGUCCUUCCUUGGCGAUGACGUAGAAGAGUCCAUUGUCCUGGAGCGGGAUUCUGGUGAACCAAACUCAGAUGGGACUCUAAUAGCCCCAAUUCGGACAGAUAGGUUACUCUCGGAACUAGAAGAAGCAACGACGACUAUCCUCAAAUCUUUCCGGAAAGUAUCGGCCUCUGUUGUUCCCGAUAAGCGCAAGAGGGAAGAAACCUGCAGAGGAGUCCUACCCUUGAUUCUCUCAACGAGGCUAGCAGAGUACCAAACCUCAGUUGCCGAUGACGAGCUAGUACUCGCCGAUCCUCAGACCGCCGGACGAUUACGCAUGGCGGUCGAGGUGCGGGCUGGAGAAAAGAGACUUCUGCAUGAGGCUCUCGCCUUGGCGGCGGCUUCUGCGUCGUCAGAUGCUGACGCGAAUCAAAACGGGAGCGACAGGCCAAAUAAGAAGACAAAGGUUCUUUAA